AUUUCUGCACCUGAGGCUGCCAGGACACUAACGGGGAAAUAGAAAGCUAAGCUCGGCAGGUUUAGUUGGUAUUCUACGCUGCUACUGGUUCCUCGUCAUUUGCUCAGGGAGUAGGUGACGUGGAGACCCACAUACACACACACACUAUCUCUCUCACACACAUACACACACUCAGUCUGGAGAGUCUCUGGCUUUAAAUGCUGAGCUAACGCUAAGCUGAAGCGCUCGUAAGUGACUGAAUGAAGGAUUUCUGUAGCUCUGAAUGGGAAUAGCAGCUUUGCAGUGACUCUCUGCGUCUGAUGUAGAAAGGAUAACAGACGAGUAUAAGAGACUGAAGUGCGUUUAAGCUCUUACAGAAGUGGAUUAUGGCGAAGAAGAACAGUCAGAAGGAUUCAUCUGGAAUUGUGUUCGACACACACUCCAAAAUGGUGAUGUCCCAAGGAGGAACGUUUGAGAAGAUGAAGGAAAAGAUUAGCGCAGUGAGAGCAGUCGUUCCCAACAAGAGUAAUAACGAGAUCGUUCUGGUUCUGCAGCACUUUGAGAACUGUGUGGACCGGGCCGUGCAGGCCUUCGUGGAAGGCAGUGCCGUGGAGAUCCUGAAGGAGUGGAAUGUCACCGGUAAAAAGAAGCCCAAGAAGAAAAAGAAGCCCAAACCCCAGCCUGAAGCUCCUGUUAACCCCGCCCCCUCCAAAUCAGGCCCACCCAAUCAGGCCGCAGCUGUAAACGGUUUCCAUGCUAACGGUUCCGCUGGUGCUGAUGGGGAAUCUCUAGACUCCCUGAGUGAACAGCUAGACUCCGCCUCCUUGGAUGCAACUGAACUUGAAUCCGAACCUGCUACACCUGAGCUCUCCAUCACAGGAGGAGAGGUAGAGUCUCAAAAGAGCUUAACCCCAAGCCCCGCCCCUCAGCAAGGCACCAAUAAUGGCGCUCGACAUCAUCAACACAACUCCCGAGGCAACAAAUCCCGUCACAGACCUUCAACCAGCUCCCAGAAUUCCACCGGAUUCCCGUCUCUACCCUCAGACGACGGCCAGCAAGGGUCAUCCGCAGGCAAGAAGAUCGCACCGAACAUUGAUCGCUCGGUGAAGGAUCUGCAGAGGUGUACAGCGUCUCUGACGCGGUACAGAGUGGUGGUGAAGGAGGAGAUGGAUUCCUCCAUCAAGAGGAUGAAGCAGACCUUUGCUGAGUUACAGAGCUGUCUUAUGGAUCGUGAGGUGGCUCUUUUGGCCGAGAUGGAUAAAGUUAAAGCUGAAGCUAUGGUCGUUCUGGACAAGCGUCAGAAGCGAGCUGAGGAGCUGAGGAGGCUCACCGACAAAUCUGCUUCCAUGUCUGAGGAGCAGCUGACAGAACUGCGAGCAGACAUCAAGCACUUUGUGAGUGAGAGGAAAUAUGAUGAGGAUCUUGGGAAAGCUGUUAAGUUCACUCAUGAACUGGAUCCUCUGAAAGCGAGCAUCAUGGCCUUUGGAUCAGUGUAUCACCCUCAGACGGGAUACUCGAAUCGCUCUCGCUGUAGCUCCACCUCUUCAUCCGUCACUGGCCCCGCCCCUGUGGAAACCCCGCCUCCUGCUCAGACCCAGCCUCAGGCCUCUGGUUACACAAGCCGCCCCAACGUUCCCCACAAACAGGUGUUCCAGGGUAAUAGGCGCAUAUUUCAGGGCUACCCAGGUAGCCAGCGCUACAACGGAGGCACGUACCACGACCGCAACCCCAACCGGACGAACUACCGCUCGCACGGAGACCAGCGUCACCAGGGAGAUCGCAGCCAAGGCGACGGCCCCGGCUCUCAAUCCUCCAAUAGCAUGAGAGGCCCCUCCCACCCGUCUGCGUCGGCCUAUCGGCAGGAUCGACCCGCCCCCAACGGUCUGCCACAGAGGCAACCUCGGACCAACUGUCCCUGACACCUUGGGAACGGAUUCUCCUGCUCGACUCCGUUACUCCUCCCCCUGUCCCUGACUCCUCCCUUCAUCCCUGCACAAGCCCCGCCCACCCCUCGCACCCUGUCCUGUACCUGUCCCACCUGACCAGGUGCCCUCCAAUUCUCUCCCUCAACACUGUCCCCGUGAUCACACGGCUCCUCCAUGUGGAUGAAGAAUAGAACUCGAGUUUACAUCUCUUGCCCUCUUUCACUUUCUCUCUCUUUGUCUCUCUUUCUCUGUUCAUCUCUUUCUCUCUUUUUUUCAAAAUUGAGCUGUAGUGCCACCUCGCCCCGCCCCCUCAUUCACACGUAUCUCACAGCCUAUUCAUUCCUUUCUACUUUCUGUCUCUUUUUCUGCAACUUUUUUAUUUUAAUUGCGUAAUUCUUUUGAAAACGGUGAUGUUUAGCUGUCAGGAUCUUGAGAUCGUUUGAGGUCAUUCGAAAUCUCUAGACUGCAGUGUCUGCAUAAUGCAUACAUAGGUUAAAAUUAGUCUUUUUUUUCGUUCUUUUGUUUUUUCUCUCCUUGUGGAAAAUGAAAAGCAGAAAAAGAACACGGUUAGAUCCUGUAGGACCUUUAAAGAAAUGCUGCUGACCUUAAAAAAAAGAGGUCUUGUAAUUAUCUUGUCUGAAACCAUGUCUGAGCGUGAUUGGCCAAUGCUAUGUUGCCUUGCGGCCUUGGUGGAUUUUUCCUAAUUGAUCAGUGGCUGUUGUGGUUAGUUUAAGCUUCUUUGUUAAUGUUGCUGAGCAAAGGCUGGGCUUUAAUUGGUUCCUCUUGGAGGAGGAUCCAGUGCAGUGGUGCUCUCUCUCUCCUUACCUGAUCAAACUGGAGCUCACUGCUGGCAGCUUUGAGCACCUUUAACCUCUAAUUUGAAGACCACGGUUGUGUCCCAAAGGCCAGUUCAUGAAAAGUCUCCAAGGUGAAGGCCUGAAUGUCUGACGUUUUUACAGUGGAGGCUUUGAAGCUUCAUGUGGGUCCUGAAGACUCCAUAUUGGAUUCCCAAAGAGGCCUUGAAGGCCUCUCGAAGGUUCUUGAAGGCCUCCACAGUGGAGUCUUGAGAUCCCAAAGGCUCCACAGUGGCGUCCUGAGGUCCCAAAGGCCUCCUCAGUAGUGCUCUGAGGUCCUGAAGACUUCCACAGUGGCGUUCCACGAUCCACAAGGCUCCACAGUGGAGUCCUGAAGUCCCAAAGGCCUCCACAGUGGCAUUCUGAGAUCUUGAAGGCCUCCACAGUGGAGUCUUGAGGUCCUAAAGUCUCUACAGUGGCAUUCGGAGGACCCAAAGUCCCUACAGUGGCGAUCUAAGAUACUGAAGGCCUCCACAGUGGAGUUCUGAGAUCCUGAAGGCCUCCAUAGUGGGGUUUUGAGAUCCUGAAGGCCUCCACAGUGGAGUUUUGAGAUCCCGAAGGCCUCCACAGUGGGGUUUUGAGAUCCUGAAGGCCUCCACAGUGGCGUUCUGAGAUCCUGAAGGCCUCCACAGUAGCGUUCUGAGAUCCUGAAGGCCUCCACAGUAGCGUUCUGAGAUCCUGAAGGCCUCCACAGUGGCAUUCAGAGUACCCUGAGAUCCCGAUGGCCUCCCCAGUAGCGUUCUGAGGUCCCAAAGUCCCCAAAGUGGAAUUUUGAGGUUCCAAAAGACCCACAGUCACGAUCAGAGAUCCUGAAGUCCUCCCCAAUGGUGUUCUGAAGGUCCCUAAGGCUCCACAGUGGAGUCCUGAGAUGCCAAAGUCUCCACGUUUGGCGGCCUUGAAGUACACAGUGGUGUUCUGAGAUCUUAAAGACUCUACAGUUUGAAUCCUGAAGGCCCGUAGUCUCGACUCUACUACGGUUGGGGGACUUAAAGGACACAUUGGGUUCCCGAAGUCCCUAAAAGCCCCACAAUAGAUUCUUGAGGACUUCACGACUGGUGUCCUAAAGGCACGCCAACAGCGUAGUCCUGAAGUCCACGGUGGAGAUGUAGGUUAGCAUUAAUCUCCCACAGUAUGCAUGCAGCAUAUCGGAUAUACUCGCCUAUACUUGAUCACAGUACAACCUCACUGUCUCUCUGGUGGUCUUCGUAUUUUAUGAAGUGGCUGUGUUACGUACGCUGUACAUUAGCGUACGUUUUGCGUCUGUAAUGUAACGAUUAAUCGGUUCCUAUGAUUUUUUUUUACAUGCAUUUAUACUGCAUUAGUAUCACUCAGCUUCUUGACCUGUACCAAGUCAAGGAAUAUUCAGCAGAUUUUUUUCUGUGUAUCGUUUGAAGUUUAUUUAGUGCAUGUCACGUCGACCUGUCUGAAGGUGCUACAGUGAAAUGUAGGAUUCUUUUUCUUUCUUUCAUUCCUCUCUCCUUUUAUAUUAUAUAUUUUUUAUUUCAUAUAACUGAACAAAGCAGACUCCAGUGAUAUACCUCAUACCGUACCGCUAUGGCUCAUACACAAGUCUGCGCCGAGAACAGGGCUUAAGUUGCUUUAACUCGUCUGUGAGAUUGAUUUGAUUUUCUUUCUUUUCUUUUUUCCAUUUAUUUGUGCUUUUUAAAUUUGCAGCUAAAUUUCCUUGAAUCAAGUUUCAAUCCAUUCCAUUGCUUACACUCUUAAAAAAAUAAAGGUGCUACUUGUUAAGCGAUAUCCCAAUCUGUAAAGACGUUUGACACUUUUUGAGAGUAUAGUAGGGCUUGCUGCUUCUCCAUCAGCAGCCGGAGUCCGAGAGAGCAAACAGAUUCACCGCUUUCUUCCAAGCACACUGUAAUGUUGCAUUACAAAAGUUACAUUUACAACAUGACAAACAUCAAUCUACGUUUUAUCUCUUUAAACAUCUAAAAGCUUCUUCUUCACGCCUACACUCUUCUUCUUUUUCUUCUUCUAUUGUUUAAUAGGUGACUUAUUGUUUAUAGCCUGCCUCAGCUUCUUGUAAUUGGUCUGAAAGUACAAAAAAAGCAUUUAACAUUGUAAACGAAUUGAUCUGGACCAAAACCUCAUUUUUUUGGUCAGACAAACUUAAUUUGGGCUUAAUUUGGUUCCUUUUGGAGGUCUUUGUGAAAGGUGUAAAAGCACCUUCAAGAACCCUUCCUUCUUUUGUAGCACUUUUAUUUUUAAGAGUGUCUCACUUUUCAGUCCUGGUCUUGGAGGCAUCCUGUCCCACAAACACUUGAUUUAACUAAUUAGUUAAUUAAUUGGUUAAUAAACAGAUUAUUUAAUGAACAAUUUUGAUAAUUAACUAAUUAAACAGAGGUGUUAAAAAGCAGUGGAAGCCACUAAAAUGUGCAGAGCAGGGUGCCUCCACUGACCUACAAUUUUUGCUUGGACGUCUUUGUCUCCUCUUACUGUUUCCAAUCAUGAUAAUUAUCUUUUACGACUCUCUUAUUUUAUUUUUGUUCGUUUUUUGCUCACGGUCCCUGUCAUCAUGGUAUCAUCAUCGCGGCAUUCCUGUAUCCACCACUACCCACAACAUGGUGAUGGUGGUGAUGAAGGCUUUAUUCUUUUUUCUUUUAUUUUAUUUCUAUGAUUUUUAUUAUUCGUUUUUUGUGUAAUUGUGUCUGUAUUUAUCACUCAAUGGAAUGAAUGCUAAAAAAAAUCAGCACCUUUUUUGUAGCUGUAGCUUCUAGCCUUUCAGACUUUCAGCUUUCCCUCCACUGGCCAACAACGAAGCCUCAAGAACUCUCACUUGCUUUUCCACGAUUAUGAACUUUCAUUUAUGCAUUCAUUUAAAAAAAAUCAUCUUUAUGUAUCUGUUGGUCUGUUUUUUUUUUUUUUUCUCGGUUUUGAGUGUUUUGACCUGGGCUAAAUCAGUCAAAUUGAAUUUGGUCAGUUUGAAGAGGAAGGCUGGAUCAUUUUGUACACCGAUAAUGUUUAAAAAAAAAAAUUAAAAAACGAAGAAAAAAAAGUCAAAAUCUCACUUUUUGACCGUAUCUGCGUUUCUGUUUUUCGUGUAAAUCUUUAUCACCAAAGAGAUCAAGUUGAAGUUGACGUUACUGCCUUCAUGGAUUUCACUGUUCUUCUUUCUACUCUAAUCUGUAGAUGCCAUUUCCUACUGCAUAUGACUCUGAAUGAUUAUUUCUAUGACAGUUUAUAUAUCUUUCCAUUCUUCUCUGUAUUUUUCUUCUCCUCCUCUUCCUCCUCAGCCCUGUCUGUAUAUAUGUAUCUAUAUAUUUGUUUGGAGUCCUGCCCAGGGCCACAUGUAUGUAGUUGUAUCACUAGGCCUAUGGUUGGUUUACCUCCAGUUGUAAAGAGAAACCCUAGUUUAGUCCGAUUCUUCCCCAUGUAUAGAAAACCUUUCCAUUUUUAUUUUUAUUUCGUUUCGUUACUCGGAUUCUUUCGUUUCUUCGUUUCCAAGUAUGAAACAACUGUAAACUCAAGUGCCUUCUGUCGUUCCUUCUUCCCUUCCUCCCUCCCUUCCUCCCUCCUUUGCAUUGCCACGCCCUCCUCUCCCAACUAUCUCCAACUAUGGACCAAAGACAUCUGUAUCUUCCUUCCUUCCAGCACCUUCCAGACUCGCCUCCAAUCUAUGUGACUCCUCCCCCUGUCUGGCUACAGUAAAACAGCACUUGGACAAGCCCCUCCCCCAUCUCACUGAUUGGCACACUUCUCAUUUAAUAUGAAUAAUAAAAAAAAAUAAUUGUUAGCAAUUGCAGAAA